AAUGUUAGUUUUAGAACGAUAGUGAAGAUGUGGAGUUGUCCUUGCGUUGCAGCCGGAUUGCUGCUCAUAUUCAGUCUGAAUCUGGUCUUUCUGCUGCCAGAAACAAACUAUUGCCAUUUAAAAAACUGCCCAGCGGAUAAAAAACUGCCACAUAUUGGCUGCAAUAUUAGUGGGGUACCUCAAUACUCGGAAUCAGAUAUUCUCCAGAAAUUUCUGAACUAUGCACUUUUGGAACAACCCACACUGAACUGGUCGCCAAAGUGCGGAAAAGAGCCAACAAUUGUUUCAAUACCCCAGCAUAUAAGAAAUUUCAUUCUGAACUAUCAUAACACAUUUCGCGAUAUGGUGGCCGGUGGCCAAUUGCACAAGCUGCCCAUUGCAGCCCGCAUGCUUAAGUUGAAUUGGGACCACGACUUGGCUUUUUUGGCUACACUCUUGGUAAAACGCUGCGAUAUCCAACCCACAGACCACUGCAUAUCCACAGAAGAGUUCUCGUCUCCAGGCUACCACACGGUAUAUAACAAGUUCAAGGGGACCCAGGAUACAUCCAGGAUAGUUCGAUCGCAACUGAAUGCGUGGUACGAUCAGUACAAGCACGUUUCUGCAUAUAGUCUAAUUAAUGGAUUGUCCCCGGAUAAAAAGGAGGUUGGGCACUUCCUAAGAAUGAUGGUGGGACCCAGUAACCGAUUAGGCUGUGCCAUAGCUAGAAUCGAAAAAGACGGAUGGACUCACCAAUGGCUCACCUGCCUGUAUAGCUGUUCAUCCAAGAAGAACACGCUUCUAUACGAGUAUUCCGGAAAACCUGGCAUAUAUUGCACCAAUGGAAUUAAUGGCAAGUUUCAACAUCUAUGUAAUGACACGGAACCUGUCACAGAUUGCAUGCACUCUGAUCUAUUCAAGACAACAAUCAGCAACGACACUGCAUCAUUGAUCAGAGACAUGAUGAAUAGAAAAAUUAAACCCAGAUUUUUUUUUGUGCCAUGGUUAGCAAGGGUGACGAAGAAGGUUCCGAGAGGAGUACCUUUUUACUUGUCCAAGUUGCCCUCGUGGCACUAUGAAGGUGUUUUCACCCGUAUAAAGGCAAAUGUUAAAAUUUUAAAAAUUAAAAAGAAUGUGCAAAAUACAACAAUAAAUCCCAAUUAACAGAUAA